GUUGCUUAAGAAGAGGUUGGUCCUUAAACCUUUUGCCCGUGUAAAAUCCAAUGGACCAACCCAGUUGCGGGUGGGUUGGCUGGACUCGGAUUGGGCCCGUCCAAAUUGCACCCCUGUAUGCUAUAGCUUGUAUUUUUGUCUUUCUGAUCAAAGUUGGUCAAAACUUCAAACGUUCCAUCUGGGUUGAGAAUUAAAUUGUUAUUUGUCAACAUGUUUGGAUGGCAAGUGACAUGAAAUCGUUUCAUUUUAUAAUAGUAUAAGUGUAUAACUUGCCACCGUGUCACAUAGGUUGAGCCUCCAUCAGAUGAUGAGCCUUCAUUGGAAGAUCAUCUUUGCCGAAACAUCAGCUUACAAAAUGCUAAAAUCCUCUGACGUCAACUACUCAACUGCAUUUUAUUGACGAGAGAAGUUGCUCUAAAAGUUGCCAUUCAGCAAAAAUGUCUAAAUCCUGAAGCGCUCGGUGACGGUGAGAUUCUGGACGGAAUGAUGAGAAUCGCAAUGAGUGGUGCGACUCAUUCUCAAUCCUCUACUGAAAACCGGUUUAAGUUUGUGACCAGGAACAUUACUGAAUCCAGCAGGUCAAUCCCAUAAUGUUCAAGGGAACAAAGGUCUUCAAAAUGGGUUUGACUAAUAAUGCCUUGAACAGGGAGCCAGCUCUGAAAUCCAAAUGAAGAAAACCUACCAUCCACUAGAAAGUUAAGAUUUGUCUUAUUAUUCCCUCGUUAAGCUUUCAAGAUAUUUAACCGCCCAAAUCCUUCUGCCGAUUUCAAGUUCUGAAGACAUGGCUUUCAACCACCUUCUGCGUGUAUUUGGUGAGACUGGAUGCGUUCUCAAAGGAAGAACUGUCCAUGCCAUGAUUAUUACAUCUGGGUUUUCCCUUGAUGUUUAUACCAGCAAUCAUUUGGUCUCCAUGUACGUCAAAUUCGGACGCUUCGACGAUGCCCGACGCCUGCUCAAUCAAUUGCCUGAUAGAAAUCUGGUUUCUUGGACAGUCUUGAUUGCCGGGUAUUCUCAGGCUCGAUUUGCAGAGGAAGCGCUGGAUUGUUUUAGAUCAAUGGUUGCCGAAGGUAUCAAUCCGAACCAUUACACUUAUGUCAGUGCUAUCUCCGCUUGUGCGAACACUGGAGCUGCUCGAACUGGUAAGGAAGUUCAUGGAAAGAUCUACAGGACCGAGCAAGAACCGAAUAGCUUUGUGGACAAUUGCUUGGUAAAUCUAUAUGUCAAAUGUCGUCUGAUGAAGUCGGCUCAACUAGUGUUCGACUCAAUUCUGGAACCAAAUUUAGUUUCUUGGACUUCGCUUCUUUCAGGCUAUUGUCAGUGUGGGGACAAUGAGGAGGGCUUGAGGAUCUUCUUACAAUGUCGCAGAGCUGGUGUGAAGGCUAAUGAAUUCAUAUCUGCAAGCGUAUUGGGUGCUUGUGCUGCUCUAGAAAAUUUGGAGGCUGGGAUGCAGGUGCAUUCUGAAGUUGUAAAGUCUGGAAUUGGAUCAGAUCAGUUCAUUGUGACGGGUAUUAUCCACUUAUACGCAAAGUGUGGCAAGUUGCAACUUGCUCGCCAGGCUUUUCUGGAGUUGGAGAAGCCACCAUUGUCGUCCUGGACUGCCCUAAUAGGAGGAUGUACCCAACAAGGAGAGGUUAAGGAAGCCAUUGAUCUGUUCCAGAAGUUGCACUCUUUGGCUAUCAAACCCAGUGAUCACACAUUUUCAUCCAUUCUCGGGGGCCUGGCUGAUGCCAUGGCAAUUGAAGAGGGGAAACAGAUCCACUCUUUCAUCAUAAAAUCAGGGUUUAAUUCAGUUACUUUUGUUGUCAACUCUAUACUGGAUUUGUACUCAAAGUGUGGGCUGCUUGAGGAAUCAUCCAAGGUUUUUGAAGAAAUAAAGGGGAAAGAUGUGGUCUCGUGGAAUGCCAUGAUAUCUGGUUACAUUAAACAGGGCAAAUUCAAAGAAGCCAUAGAGCUUCUGGAUAAAAUGGUGCUUGAAGGCUUGAACCCAAGUCCUUAUACUUAUUCCAGUAUUUUGAGUAUUUGUGGCACCAUUCCAGCCAUAGAGUGGGGCAAGCAAAUCCAUUGUUGCAUAAUAAAACCAGGAUUUGAUACCAAUGUGGUUGUUGGGAGCUCACUUGUGGACAUGUAUGCCAAGUGUGGGAGGAUAAGCGAUGCCCAGAAAGUUUUCAAUAAUCUGACUUCUAAAAGCUUGGUCUCUUGGAACACCAUGCUUGUUGGAUAUGCCCAACAUGGGUUUGGCAGGGAAGCUUUGGAAAUUUUUGAGGAGAUGCAGAGGGAGGGGAUUUCUCCCAAUGAUAUAACAUUUCUUGGAGUGUUGUCUGCCUGCGGGCAUGUUGGUAAUGUGGAGGAAGGGUGGAGACAUUUCAAUUCCAUGAUCAGAGACCAUCGCAUUGUUCCGAGGAUCGAUCACUACUCAUGCAUGGUUAGUCUCUUAACUCGCAAGGGGCAGAUUCGACGAGCUUAUGAGUUCAUAAAGGGUAUGCCCAUGGAGCCGGAUAAGGUCGUUUGGCGCUGUCUCUUGGCAGGAUGCAAGGCUCAAAAUGAUUUGGUUGUUGGAAAAUAUGCAGCUGAGAAAAUUUUGGAAAUUGAUCCAGAAGAUGCUUCAGCUCAUAUAAUGCUGUUUCGUGUAUAUGCAGGGGCAGAGAUGUGGGACGAGACGGCUCAAGUGAGAAAGAGAAUGAAGGAAAAGGGGUUGAAGAAAGAUCCUGGGCAUAGUUGGAUUGUGGUGAAAAACAAGGUAACUUCUUUCAUUGCAGGUGACAAUGCACAUGUUCAUGGAGACAGUUUGCAUGAGGUCGUAAGUAGAUUGACGAAUCAGAUGAUUGAUGCUGGAUAUACACCUAAUUUGCGGUUCUCGCACCCAUCUGUAGAGUGAAGAAUCAUAGGAUGGAGAGAAGGAAAAAAACAAAAGAAAUGGACAGGAAAAAGCAUUUAUAACUCAGCCUUUC